AUGAGGGGCUUGUUGGUGUCCCACUCCCAGACCUUGAUCCGAACCUUCAGCUCCAGUACCAGAAACUCUGUGAAUAAAAUAGCAGAAAAACAAAAACUCUUCCAGGAAAACAAUGACCUCCCAAUCCACCUGAAGGCUAGAGGCACAGACAACCUCCUGUACAAAUUUACAAUGUUAACAUGCUUGGGAGGCACUUGUUACUGCUUCUUCUGCCUCGGCUGGGCCUCCUUCCCCCACCAGAAGGGAGACUGA